AUGUCAUCCCCCACCACCCCACUCCCCCUCCCCCCCUAUAACUACUCCUACACCUCCAUCCCCCUCGCCUACGGCCUCUCAAUCCUCCCACACGCCUACGGCCUCACGCGCCUAAUGCUCGCCACGCGGGGCCAAAUCUCCAACUCAAUGCCACGCACGAACCUCGAAGCCUGGAAAUCCAAACUCCCCACCCACCUCUGGAAUCAACUCGCUCGGGCCCGCGGCGCGCACUUGAACAGUCUGGAGGUCUUUCCGCUGUUCGCGGCGGCGAUGGUGGCCGGGAAUGUUGCGGGCUUGGAUGUGAAGGAUCUGAAUGGGACGGCGGCGAGUUUCUUUUUGGCGAGGGGGGUGUAUAUGGUGUAUUAUAUUGGGGUGAGGAAUGAGAUGAUGGCGAUGGCGAGAACGGGACUCUGGGCGUGGAGUAUCUCUAUCCCGAUCAUGGCGCUGAUCCGUGCUGGGAGGAAGGCGGCCGAGAAUUCGCAGUAA